AUAUUGACAAAGAGAAUAAAUCCAGCCCCCCUCGUCCACGCACUCUGGGCACGCAGCGGAGUUUGCUCCAGGAGAAUGUUGUGAGAGUCAUUCAUUUAUACCUCGUGUAACUCUUGCAGCUUCCUCCGGGUUGGACGACAGAAUGACUGAACUCAAGUACUUGUGUGGAUUUGGCAACGAAUUCUCCUCUGAAGACCCUCGCUGCCCUGGUUCUCUUCCUGAAGGACAGAACAAUCCUCAGGUGUGCCCCUAUGGCUUGUACGCUGAGCAGCUCUCGGGCUCGGCCUUCACCUGCCCGCGGCCGGCCAAUAAGAGGAGCUGGCUUUAUCGUAUUCUCCCAUCCGUCAAGCAUAAGCCUUUCGUCCCCACUGACUGCGGGAAUCUGACGGAGAACUGGGACAAUGUGGAGCCUGAUCCCAACCAGAUGCGAUGGCGGCCAUUUUCCAUUCCAAAGUCUUCCGAGAAGAUAGUCGAUUUUGCUGCUGGUCUGCACACCAUGUGCGGGGCUGGCGAUGCAAAAUCUCGCAAUGGCAUUGGCAUCCACGUGUACACCUGCAACACCUCCAUGAUGAACAAAUGCUUCAACAACUCCGACGGAGACUUUCUGAUCGUGCCACAGCAGGGUGAGCUCUUGAUCACCACAGAGUUUGGCAAGAUGAUGGUGGAGCCCAACGAGAUAUGUGUCAUUCAGCAAGGAAUGCGCUUCAGCGUGGACGUGUUUGGAGAAACCAGAGGUUAUAUCUUGGAGGUGUAUGGAGCACAUUUUGAACUCCCUGACCUUGGACCUAUAGGAGCCAACGGUCUGGCCAACCCGAGAGACUUCCAGUGUCCGGUGGCGUGGUACGAGGAUCGGGAAGUGUCCACAGGUUACACCGUCAUCAACAAGUACCAAGGAAAGCUCUUUGCUUGCCAACAGAAUUUCUCUCCCUUCAACGUGGUCGCCUGGCAUGGCAACUACACACCAUACAAGUACAACCUCAACAACUUCAUGGUCAUCAACUGUGUGGCCUUUGACCAUGCUGAUCCAUCCAUCUUUACCGUGUUGACUGCCAAAUCUACCAGACCGGGUGUGGCCAUUGCCGACUUUGUCAUCUUCCCUCCGCGUUGGGGUGUUGCUGACCACACCUUCCGUCCACCGUAUUAUCACCGUAACUGCAUGAGUGAGUUCAUGGGGCUGAUAAAGGGCCACUAUGAAGCCAAAGAAGAGGGUUUCCAGCCAGGAGGGGCCAGUCUCCACAGCAUCAUGACCCCACACGGCCCUGACGCCGAAUGUUUUGAGAAGAACAGCGUGACUGAGCUCAAACCAGAAAGGGUGGCUGAAGGAACGAUGGCGUUCAUGUUCGAGUCGUCCCUCAGCAUGGCUGUGACCGAGUGGGGUCUGGAGACAUACCAGAAGCUUGACAAGAGCUAUUACCAAUGCUGGGAAAAUCUACGCAGCCACUUUAAUCCCAACUGGAAGCCCAGAAAACACUAAAUUACGGGUAACGACAUAACGGGGCCAAUUAAAAUCUAUGCUAAUUAAUUAAUUGCAAUUCUCCCCAGCAUUCACCUUGUUCUCAUCAAAUAAACCCAAAACGUGUAUGA